ACUCCUCCUCUCACACUCCUCCCCCCAUCUCCUUGCUCCCGCCAUCGAUGGCGCCCGACCCUCCCCUCGAUCCCAAAUCCCCGUCUCCAAGUCACCCUCUCCCUCCCUGAUCUUGAUCCACCCCCACCCCCACCCCCACCCCCACCAUCGACGACCCUCACCAUAGAUGAGAUCGAGUCCGACCCCCGAUCGAGGUAGGUAGCCAGCCCCCUCCCGAGACCCGAUCGUCCGUGACCUCGUCUCCGCUGCCGCUCGUGCUCCCCAGACCCGCGCAACGGCAUGAGGUCAAACCCACGCCCCAAAACCCCAAUGGAGGGCCUCCCUCCCUCCCCAAUCCUCCGCCCCAAGUCAACCCCUGCCUCCCCACGCCCAUGGCUCCCCUCCCCCUCCUCCUCGCGCUCGUGCUCGCGCUCACCGGCCUGGUCGUCGUCGCCCCCUAGCCUAGCCUAGCCAGCCUUUCCCCCGUCUCUGCAGCAGCUCACCAAUGCCUCCGACGGUAAAUCCGCUUUCCCGCUCUCGUUACCGAAUUGGAAGGUGGUAAAAUGCCCGCGGCUCACAGAUCUCUCCCGUCCCCUCCUCCCCUCGCAACGGCCGCCCUGCUUGCGGUGUUCCAGCGGUGGGGUCUCCGAUACGGCCUGACGGUGAACCCGGGGCGCCCGUGCGGGACGCGGGACUGGAUCUACUCCUUCGCGCAGAACGCAUCCGUCGACUGCAGCUGCGACGGCUCGCCCGUGUGUCGCAUCACACACCUGUUCAUGCCCCGUCUUCCCGGCUCAUCCGAGGCCUCUGGGUUUUCGGCUUUCCCGGUGCCUUUGCUUGUGUAUUGACGGCUGGGAUCUGGAUCAUGCAGGAACAUCACCGGAUUCUGGAAUCUGACCGAGAUCCCGCUGGAGCUCUUCAACUUAACGGAGCUGGUCUCUCUGUGAGUCAUGGCAUUGGUUUCUAUUGUUGUGCAAACUGCUUACACUAGGAAAUGCGAGAAUUAACCAGCCUACUAGAAGCAGGACAAUGAGAUCAAGGUACCUAACAACUACCAGCAGUUCAUCAGCAUCCUGACUGGCCAUGUUAACUCUGCCUCCUACUUCUCGACGGACACCGCAUCCUUCCCUGGUAGGCUUCCAAUGGACGCCUGCCUAUGCCCUGCUGCUUCCGCGCCGAUGCCGGCCACCGCGCCCAGUCGCCACGACCAGCGACAGCAGUCUCCUCGGCGGCUGACGGUGUGCAGGUGUGCACCCUGGCCCUGGGGCCUGGAGACGUGCAUCGUAGAAGGCCAACAGCUAGGAGCUGAGCAGCCGUACAAAGCCGAAGGUGUCAGAGUAGCAGCGAGCAACAUAACUUUUCUCGUAGAAGGUGAAGAGGUCGUCGUUCUGCACGUCGGACAAGGUUCUUCAGCUGUCGGACGAGGUGGAGGCACUCUUCCUGAAGCACUUCGCGGGCAACAACACGAGGUGCAGAUGGUGGCCUCUAUUCAUGUUUCGUCGUGAGCUCUAGGAUGAAGAAGUUGGAAGAAGCAAUGCAUGCCGGAUCUAGGCAUGCAUGCAUGCUUUAGUAUCCCUGCUUCUGAAGCUAGCUAGGGAGGCGCAGGACUUUGUUGUAAUGCUGAUUUUUCUGAGAAUUUUGUUGUACAGGGUAUAAGAGUAUAUAUAGGCGAAA